CCAUGGAAAAGAAUCGCGUCGACAUCCCUCCAGGGUAUGAUUCUCCAAGUGAUGACGCUACAGGCCAUCCGCCCAGUAGCCAUGGUGAGGGCAACAUUGCCAUUUCCGAGCAGAACGAGCUCAGGCGUGACUUGAAGGGUCGACAUAUGCAGAUGAUUGCCAUUGGUGGUGCCAUUGGCUCUGGUCUGUUCAUUGGUUCUGGCGGAUCGUUUGUUGCUGGCGGACCCGCCGCUGUUAUCAUCGGAUUUAUCGUCAUCGGCAUAAUGAUGUACUUGAUGAUGCAGGCUUUGGCCGAACUUGCAGUCAUGUACCCAAUUAACGGAGCCUUCACCAUGUACAUUUGUCGAUUCAUCGAUCCGUCCUGGGGCUUUGCCUGUGGGUGGCAGUAUGCUAUUAGCUGGCUUACUGUCCUACCUUUCGAGAUCUCCGCUGCUUGCAACAUUAUUCAUUACUGGCCAGGAUCGCAUGGCAUCAACAAUGCCGCGUGGAUCACACCACUUCUUGUAGCUUUGGUUGCCAUCCAAUUCUUUGGAGUCGAGUUUGUACUAUCCAUGAUAAAGAUAUUGGCUUGCUUAGGAUUUCUGAUUCUGGGCAUUAUUAUUAAUGUUGGAGGUGUGCCAAGCGACAAUAGAGGUUACAUUGGCAACAAGUACUACAAUAUUCCUGGUGUGACUCAUGAUGGGUUCCGUAACGGCUUUCAUGGUUUCUGCGGUGUUUUCGUCAAUGCGGCAUUCGCGUACACUGGCACAGAACUUACUGGAUUGGCAGCAGCUGAGACGGAUAACCCAAGGAAGGAGAUUCCCAAGGCCUCGAAACAAGUCAUCUAUCGCAUCAUACUAUUUUACGUUGUAAAUCUUGCCCUCGUCGGUCUAGAUGUACCGGUUAACAACGCAGCAUUGAACGGUAGUGCUGGCGACAGUUCCCUUCGCUCACCUUUCGUAAUUGCUAUCCAACUUGCUGGAAUCAAGGUCCUCCCAUCCAUUUUCAAUGCUGUCAUUCUCAUCUCAGUCAUGAGCGUCGCCAACUCUUGCACCUUUGGCUCCACACGCACUAUGCAAGCUCUUGCGGCUAAUGGUAUGGGACCGAAAUUUACCGCCUACGUGGAUAAGAAGGGUCGCCCAGUUGUUGUGAUCAUCAUUCAGCUUCUGUUUGGUCUACUGGCAUACAUCAAUCUCGCUCCGAGUGGCGGAGAUAUCUUCACCUGGUUACUGUCAUUAUCUGCCAUCACUGUGUUGUUUGUGUUCGCCAGUAUUGCACUCGCACACAUUCGUUUCCGCAAAGCUUGGGCCUUUAAUGGACAUAGUCUUGAUGAAAUCCCAUAUAGAGCCUCACUCGGGGUUUGGGGCUCUUGGGUAUGCAUUGUCAUCAACGUCCUUGCGCUCAUCGCUUCAUUCUACGUAGCUCUUUACCCUGUUGGUGGACCAAACUUGAGUGCGGAGAAUUUUUUCGAAAACUACAUGGCUGCACCUUUCCUCGUUGUCUUGUACCUCAUGUGGAAGGUCUAUAGCUGGUUCAAAUAUCCUUCGCAUCGCCCAUUGUGGAUUCGAACCAAGGACAUUGAUAUCUAUUCUGGCAUGAGGCAGAGCCAGAGAGAGAUGAUUAGCGGCGAAGGUGUGACCGAAGAACAGAGGCGCGCAAGCAUUCAGCAAAUGCAAGAGGAACAACAGCAGAAAAAAGGGUUUGAUUCCUAUGUUAAGGCAGCUUAUCAUACAGUUUUCUAGAAGUAUACUUCUAUUCUUCAGGAGCACAGUAGCAGAAAUGAAGAGUUCUUGCAGAUUGUGCAUGUUGGAUAGAUGAAAACAGUGUUGACACUGUGCUACUACGUAGAUCAAACGUUUGU